AUGGACUCCCACUCUCACUACACCAAGGUGGGCUCCAAGCAUCUCUGUGACCCGCGCCCGGAUCAUCCCCAUGCGCUGGCGAGGAACAUCAGCGUGCCCUCGCUGCAUCCCUACAACGAGCGGAGGGCCUUGUUGCGAGACCCCACGCCGUGGCACUUCAACGAGAACUUCAGCACGUCCAACGACUCCUACGGCACCUCGGCCAGCAUUCGCGUCUCUCAGGUCAAAGAAGUCCUGUUGGACGGAGAGCGUCCUGUCUCAGUUUCUUUGAAAGACGAAUUCCAUUGGUUUGGGUUUGGCUCCGAUCGUUUACCACUGCCAUCUGCAACAAUAUGUCCAAAGGCACACCUAGGAUUGUGGCAGGCUUGUGGUCCAAAGUCUCAAAGAGUUUCUUUUUGCUACCCUAGCCACUGGGUUACAGUUCCACGGAUCCGUUUCGCGCUUGGAACGGCGCGCACGUGA